AAACGGUUAAAAAAAAUUUUAAAGAUUAUAUUUAUAUUUUUUUUGGGUUUUUUUUUGCGAAAUUUGAAACAACAUGUACGCUGAGAGAAAAGUACCGGGGGGAUUGGAGGGUGAUGUCCAGCAGGAUGAACUGAAAACGGCGGGCAUUGUGGAAUCGCUGCGAUCCCUGGACACCCAAGGAUCAUCCGCCAGUCAGUUGGACGCCAUAGAGCCCGCCUUGAGUCCGGCGGACUUGCCGGCACGCUGCCGUAAGGCCUUUCUCCGGCACAUGAUCGGACAAUUGCCGGAUACGGUGCAGAAUCGUAUUCGUGCCCUCCGUCAGAAUCAACUGCAGCAGGUGCGGAUUGCGGAGCAAUUUUUCCGGGAGGUCUACGAACUGGAGCGACGAUUCUACGGUCAGAGUUGUGCGCUAUUCGAUGCUCGGCGGGAUAUAUUGGACGGAGUGCUGGAGCCGCCGUUGCAGACGGAGAUCUCCUGGCCGGACGAUGCACUGCCGCUGGAUCUGGAGAGUAACGAGGAGCUGCGCCAGCUAGUGGGCCAAUUGCCGCCAGUGCCGACGGAUACGCUGGGCAUUCCACGUUUCUGGCUAACCGUUUUCCGGAAUGUGCCGCAGCUCUCCGAACUGGUCCAGGACCAUGACGAGCCGCUGCUGGAGUGCCUGCAGGAUGUGCGACUGGGCUACGAGCAGGAUAGCUACACGGUUACGUUCCAGUUUCGACCCAAUACCUUCCUCCACGACUCGUCCCUGCUGCUAACGAAGCGCUACUUCCUCCAGCACUCGGCCGAUCAGGAUUAUCCCUUUCAGUUCGAGGGCCCGGAAAUCGUCCGAUGCGAGGGCUGUCACAUCCAUUGGCGCGACGGCUCCAAUCUCACCCUGCGCACCGUCCAGAGCCGGCGACGGGGUCGGGCGCGCAGUGUCCCCAAGGUGAUGCCGCGCGAGUCCUUUUUCCGGUUUUUUGCUCCGCCCCAGGCCCUCGAUCUGUCGCUGGCCGACGAGAAGACGAAGCUGAUACUGGGGAAUGAUUUCGAGGUGGGCUUCCUGCUCCGAACUCAAAUAGUUCCCAAGGCAGUGCUCUUCUAUACCGGCGAUUUGGUGGACAACGUCAACGAGGCGCCGACGGACAAUGGUUCCGUAUCCUCCGAGAAUAUUGAAUCAGAACAGUUGCCGUAAAUGUCACAAACAAUAUAAUAAAAAAAAGAUAUAUAAAUAAAGGUGAUAAUCAUUUAAACUUG